AUGGAAGGUUGCCUGAAAACCGCCGUCGCCGUCGCCGUUGCCGCCACACCCAUGACCAUCUCCACUGAUUCCGCUUACUCACGCUCCCAUUCACCACCCUCAUCUCAGCUUAGCCCCACCAGCGUUCUAGUCCUUCCGCCGCCGCCACCUCAUCCGGUGGUGCUCAGCCCUUGUGCCGCCUGCAAGAUUCUGAGACGCCGGUGCAUCGAGAAAUGCAUGUUGGCACCCUACUUCCCACCCAAUGACCCCCAUAAGUUCACCAUUGCACAUAGAGUUUUUGGCGCUAGUAACAUCAUCAAGUUGUUGCAGGAACUUCCAGAGUCUAGUAGAGCUGAUGCUGUCAGCAGUAUGGUUUAUGAAGCCAACGCCAGGCUUAGAGAUCCUGUCUACGGGUGUGCAGGCACGAUUUGUCAUCUACAAAAGCAAAUAAGUGAGCUGCAAGGAGAGUUAGCAAAGGCACAAGCAGAGAUGGUCAAUCUACAAUGUCGACAAUCCAACAUUUUAACACUUAUCCGUAUGCAAAUGGAUCAACCACCACUACCGGUCUCACCCCCGCUGCAACAACAACAAACACUUUAUGACAACAUAUGUUUCUUUGACGAUAAUGCCAAUCUUGGCAGUCUUGGACCACUUUGGACUUGAAUUCAAGUGUUAUUCUCGUUUAAAAUUCGUGAUGAAAAGAGAGGUGGUAUGAUAAGAGAGCGACGAGACUUUGCUAACAUAGUUUAUGAGAUAUUUAUUAAACUUAAUUAGAAUGUACCUUUCAUCCCAUAACGGGUCAUAAAGAAAUGAAAAUUACAUG